CAGAGUCUUCAUCAUCUUUGUCAUCAUGACUCAACUCAGCUGGUUCAUCAACGCUCCUGUGAUGGGAUUUGGCGAAAGAGAAAUGUCAUCUGGUGAAGAUCAUGAGAUCAGUGCCAUCCUGAGAGCUUCCCAUCUGCCUCUCAUUCGCUCAGCGUUACAGUCAGUGACUUCAGUGUACUCUGGGGUCAAAGGUCGCUACCGUCUUCUGGAUCUAAUGGGAGGAGUGGCCGAGGUCGGAGUUCGCAGCAUCUCCCAAGAGGCCAUGAGACGAGCUACACCCCUUCUCCAGAGUUUGGAGCCGCAGAUUGAAGUUGCCAACAGUUUUGCUCUCGUCGGUCUCGAUCAUCUGGAGAAAAACUUUCCGAUCCUGAACCAGUCGACAGACGAGGUUAUGAAUCACCUGAAGGACGCCUUCUUCCUGACGCUGGACGACGUGCAGGUCUGGGUGGUGGACAGCCUGGACGCAGCUCUGGAUCAGUUGGAGCAUCUGGCUGACUCAGCUCGGGUAGCUGUUCAGCAGCUGCAGGACACUCAGGUGGGCCAAGCCGCCAUGUUAGGACUCGACGAUGUGCUGAGUCGCCUGGAGGACGCGACCGCCCACUAUCUGCCCCUCCCACCUACACUGCGUCAGGAAUGGGAGAUGAGGGUGGAGCAGUACGAGAGCGAAGAUGAUGGCGAUGAGCCCAGUGUGUGGACGAGGGUCCGUAGCCUCCUGCUGACUCUCAGCCUGCAGCUGUAUCACCGCCUGAUGAAGAUCAGAGAGCAGCUGCAGAGAGCCGUCGGGAUGCUGGAGGAUGCUGCCGACAAGGUUGGGCUGCUUCAGGUCCUCAGGCUGUCUAGUGACCUGCUGCAAUUCCUGCAGAGCCUCCUGGUGGCGUUGGUGUACCAAGCAGAGAGCCUUAGAGAGGCCUCUCUGAAUGCGAUCAGAGUUCGGGCCACCAUGUUAGCAGAGCUGAGUGUGGUCCGUCAGGUCCGAGGGGUACCGGUCCAAAUCCAGCAGCUGCUUCAAGAGCUGAGGGAACUGACUAACAUCAUCCUGCAGCUGGUAAUCAACACCACGCCGCUCUACAGCCUGCUCCAGAAGCCAUCUCCUCAGGAGGUGGAGGACUUCCUGAACCAGGAGGAGUUCGUAUCCGACAGCUCGUCUCGCCGCAGCUCGACUAACACUCUCUUCCUGAAGGCCAUGGAUAGCCGUCCUCGCCGCCGUCGGAGUCUGCUCUCCCGCGCUACACGGGGCUCAGGUGGCCCCGUGAGCCCCGACCCUCCCAAUGGCCGUCGUCGCUCCAGCCUGAAGGAGCCCCAAACCCCAGAGGUGGAGGGCACGCCCCUCCCUUCCGAAGACGCCGCACCUCGACGGCCGUCUGCCACCGAGCUGCUCCUCACUCCGCUCAAACAAUUUGUCUCCCAGAGUCAGAAGGCCUUCGAGUACCUGACCCCCAACUCCUCCGAAAACACCACCAACACUGCAGAAACACCCGACUCCUAAACGCCACACUGAGGUUUGACCCUGCCCUGAUCCCCCCCCUACUACAGUCUAUGACCCCUGACCAAUUACAGCUUGCCAUCCCAGUCCUGGAUGGUCAGAUGACCUCCCACAGCUACGGCUGGUUUGUGCGCUUGUAUUCAGUUGCACUGAUGCUGAAAUUCAGCUUCUCUGACAGAUAUCUCAGAUAUGAACCUUCAGCAUCAUGCAAUAUUCAUAACACAAAGAUUUAAGUAUUUUACUAAGAUUUCCAAUAGCUUUAGUGUAGAUUUGACUUUUUCUAAUUAAUCUAACAUUUGAUAGACAACAUAGAAGUUUACCUGCUACAACAUCCUAGUGAAUCAACCUGUGUGCUCAUCAGUAUAAUUCCAGAUUCAGUCAUUUUUAGACAUAACUGGGUUUAAUUUCAAGCACCAAAGUCCUGAAUACGUCCCUCAUCUGUUUCUGAUUGAGAAGAAAUUCAUCUGUAUUUAUUCUACAGUAUGUAAACGGCAUAAAUAGCUGUUGUUCAUAAUCUGCUUUGCUUUUAGCCACAUUUCAUAACCUUUUUUUCUCAUCUCCAAGUCCAAAGGAUAUGACUGUAAUCUGUUUUUUGAGUCAAAGUGUGGUUUAUGAUUUUAUUUAGUUUUUUUCUCAUACAUAGUUUUGCUCCUAAUAAUCACUGAUGUGAAGCAGUGCUGAAGGCUCUGUGUUGCUGUUCAGAGAUGUGUGCAAGGGUUUGGUUGCAGUUUUGUUGGUUGGAUGAAUGUUAAAGGAUGGAUUUCAUGAUGUAAAAUAAUAGAAUCUAAUCGGGUUGAUCAGUGGUGGUUGGAAACGUCCAAAUUAACUAAGCUUGAAAUAUUUCAUGUUUAAACAUAAACGUGUUAGGACAUGAUUAUUUUUCUUUGGACAGAAACUAGCUGAAGCUUAUUAAAUAUUUUAAUGAAUAUAAAUUUGACAUUUUAGAAUUUAUUAUCAGUUUUAUGGCUGACAUUGUGUCUCUGAAAUCAGUGUAUCUGACUGGGCCACGUGUCAAAAUAAAAGCUUUGUCAAACCUCA